AUGUUAGCAGUAAGCGGCGUGGUGAUGUACAUGAUAGGUACGGGCGCCAACAUCGCGUUCCCGGGUGUACUCCUGGAACAGCUGCGACAACCUGGAUCAGUGUUGAAACUUACCCUGGAACAUGAGUCCUGGAUCGCGUCGAUCCUGGGCCUGGCUCUCAUCAGCGGUAUCUUGGUGGCACCGUUCAUGAUGCAGAGGCUGGGUCGUCGACUCACUAACAUGUUGAGUACUCUACCCUCGCUCGCGGGCUGGGCACUCAUGGUAGCAGCUAAGGAUCCUACCGCACUACUCAUCAGUAGAUCCUUACAGGGUUUCGGUAUGGGUGUUCAGGCCGCAGCAGCUCCUAUAUCCAUCGCGGAGUAUUCAGCGCCAAAACAUAGAGGAGCAUUCCUCGCCACGAUAGCAUUUUCCUUCGCCACUGGAAUGUUGGUAGCCCAUAUCUUCGGUUCAAUCCUAUUCUGGCGCCAAGCGGCCCUGGCUUGUGGCAGCUGCUACGUCCUAUCUCUGAUUCUCAUAUCAUUAACACCAGAAACUCCACCGUAUUUAGCAUCAAUCGGCAAGUUUGAUGAAUGCCGCAAAACAUUUCGGUGGUUCAGAGGCGAUGACGACGAAUCGGAAAGAGAAUUGGAAGUCAUGCUCAAUAGUCAGAAGAAGAAGACUAUUGUGUUACCUAAAGUAUCAAAGAUCAAGUAUUAUAUGAAUAUAGUUAUGUCGCCGAGUUUUUAUAAACCUACCGUUAUAAUGAUGUUUAUGUUUGUAUUGUUUCAAAUUUCUGGUAUGACGGUGGUACCAUCUUAUACUGUUCCAAUGAUGAAGGAGGUCACUGAUAAUCGUAUAGAGCCUUACACUAGUAUGCUAAUGGUAGAUAUAGUUAGGUUCGCUACAGCCGUCCUAUCUUGUGUGGUGGUCAAUAAAUUUAAUCGAAGAACCGUAUUAUUUUUUGGCAUAAAUGUUAGUGUGAUCUCAUUAUUACUGACAUCUAUUCUAUUGUACGUGAGAGACUUCGGAUAUUUACCCGAAAAGUGUAAAUGGGUUCCUGUAAUACCAACUCUGGUUUAUAUAUUUGGUAAGACGAUAGGUAUUCUUCCUAUUCCCUGGGCAAUAGCCGGUGAAAUAUUCCCGUUAGCUUAUAGAUCUCUUGGCAGUGGUAUAUCAGGUAUGUUUCUCUCUCUCAUGUUUUUCGUCGUCGUUAAAACAGCCCCAACAUCAUUCAGACAAAUCGGCGUCAAGGGUACAUUCUGUCUUUAUGGCCUCAGUAUUGCUCUAUGUGGCGUAUUUCUCUACUACCUCCUGCCAGAAACGAAGGGCAAGACUUUGUAUGAGAUCGAAUGUCAUUUCAAAGGCGUCAAGGAUACGAAAGGUGAUGUCGAAGAAAAAGACAGAAUGUUGGAGAAAGUGGAAGAAGGUUGA